AUGGCGCCGAGACUCCCUCUAUCCAAGCUACACCUCAUCCGCGAUAUGAUAGAGAGCCAGUCACUCACAACCUCUCAGAUGGCCGAAGAAGCUGACUGCAGCAAGCCUACGAUCAAAAAUAUUAGCAGAAACUUACAGCAGUUCGGAAGCGUCCACGCCCCUCCAACCAGAGUAGGCCGGAGAUGCACCGUAACACCGUUGAUGUUAGAAGCGCUCUGCGACCAUCUGCUCGAAAAAUCCGGUCUAGGAAACGCCGUCGAUCAUCCCGGCCUACGGCUCCGCCUCAGCGAUUUCACCUACAAGGAACUUGCCCAGAAGAAGAUGGGAGAUGAAGAUACGGAUAUAUACAUCUCUGGGAUACAACUCUGUCAAUAUCUAGAUGCGGCGGAUAACAAAGUAGAGCGAGCACUGGGCGAGCGAUCCCUUGCUAAGGUGGUUAAAAGGCGGAAACGGUCGGAAACACCUCCUGAAGAUAUUAGGGCAGGUGAUGAAGCAAGGUGUGCCGAGCAAGAGGAGAGAGCAGCGAAGCGCGCGGAUCAUGACAUGGAUUACAAGGAGAAAUCAUCAACCAAGAGCCUCUCAGACUAG